GCAUUAGACAAGCCAUCUCUCUUUCCUGCAAUCCACAAUGAAUUCCACCAUCAGCACCAUGGAAAGCUUCAGCACACCUGCUACUAAUAUUGAUGAAAAUGAUUAUGACUAUGGCAACGAAACCGAUAUUGACUAUGAUGAAUUUGGACCAUGUGUAUAUAGGCGACACGGAGCAACUUUUCUUCCUGCCAUCUACAUCAUUUUCUUCCUACUGGGCAUUCUGGGUAACUCUCUGGUCUUCUGGGUCAUUACUUGUGGAGCGCGACUCCGCACCAUGACCGACGUGUGCUUGUUAAACUUGGCCAUCGCUGACCUCCUUUUGGUGUGUUCCCUGCCCUUCCUAGCCCACCAAGCCAGGGACCAGUGGGUGUUUGGGGAUGCUAUGUGCAAAAUAGUCUUGGGCAUUUAUCACAUCGUCUUUUACUGUGGGAUCUUUUUUAUCACUCUAAUGAGCAUUGAUCGGUACUUGGCUAUAGUGCAUGCUGUUUGUGCUAUGAGAGCACGUACACGCUCCUUUGGAAUGAUUGCGGCUGCUAUUACAUGGGGAGCGGGAUUUCUGGCUUCUUUUCCUGACCUGAUCUUCCUCCAAGAGCAAAGAAAUGUGUCGGGACAGCACACUUGCUAUCCUGGAUUUCCAGAAGUGAGUUCCGGUAUUCAUUUCUGGGCGGUCUUCAGCAUCGCUAAAAUGAACAUUGUAGGCCUGCUCAUUCCGAUCAUCAUUCUGGGUUUCUGCUACUCACAGAUCAUCUGGAGGUUACUGAACAGCCAGUCAUCCAAGAAACAAGCUAUCCGCCUUGUUGUCAUAGUGGUAGCUAUUUUCUUCUGUUGCUGGUUUCCCUACAACAUUGCGGCACUUUUCCGAGCACUGGAGCUAAAGCACCGGAUUUUAGAUUGUGGGUACAGCAAAGCCAUCAGACUGGCUUUACAAAUCACAGAGGCCAUUGCUUACUCUCACAGUUGCCUCAACCCCAUCCUGUAUGUGUUUGUCGGAGAGAAGUUCAGGAGGCACCUGUUGCGGAUGAUAAACAGAUCUCCCUGCAGACUGUGCCAGCUGAUCAAGGUCUUCAUACCACAGGACAGAAUUUCUACAUCAGUCUACUCACAAACUACCAGCGUGGAUGAGAGGAGCACUGCUAUGUAGUGAACUAGGACAGUUGGGGGAUGUGCUUCUUUUCAUUUUUUCAUGUCCAGUAAAAAUAGAUCACUGUGGCUUAUUGUCACUUCUAGUGUUAAGGUUUGGCACUUGUGAAUGUAUGCAUGUGACUGUAUAUUAAUAUAAUGUACCACAGAUAUGUAUUUUUUACUCUGUUUUUGUACUUCUAUGAGUUAUGACCAAAAUGUAUGCAAUUCCAUUAUAAAUCUGAUUUUGAAUACUUUGUUGUAUCUUCACCUGGGACGAUGAGUCACAGUUAGACUUGUUGCAGUUUGUUUUGCCGCUGGCUCUUUACUUAGCACGAAACUGUGUCAACUACAACAUCUGUCAGCAGCUACGGCAACGUCAUCCAGUUUAAGUGGGGAAACGCACCACCAUGAAAAGUUACAUGUCAUAGUAGCCUACAUUUUUAUCCAGACACGAUGACCCCCCUCACAGUUGUAGCCGUUGCAUCAGUCUGCGCACAGGAAAUCGUGUUCAGUGCAACUUUGCAGAUUCAGCAGUGUAGGUUGCCUAGCAUCAUUAGCAGAACAUUUGCACUUUACCCAACACAGAGAAAACCACAACCUGAAAGAGGAAGCAUGAAACCAAGCUGUUAGUUUAACCUUUGCAGUCUUUGUGCACAUC